CUGUUUGUAUAAAAAGAUAGACAGGUGAUGUGAUCCGGAGGAGUCCUGCUCCGCUGAACCCAAAGAGUAGUGAUCGAAGUCCAUCGUGGAGGUUCUGAGUGGAGGCUCUGAGUGGACCACAUCGAGGAUAAAACAAACAAUCAUACCACUCAUCUGGGCCACCAUUACAUAUUUAUUACAUAGAUGACAGAUGUAGAGAUGGACCACAGGAAAUGAUGACGGUAUUUGAAAUGGAACGGAAUGUUUAAUCAGGGCUGAAGCCCAAUGAGCAGAGCUGCACUGUGCCCGAUCAUUAAUAUCAAUAUUAUUAUCAUUAAUAUCAAUAUUAUUGUCAUUAUUAUCAAUAUUAUUAUCAUUAUUAUCAGUAUUAUCAUUAUUAUUAUCAUUAUUAUCAUUACUAUCAUUAGUCUUGGCCUAGGAACUCGGAAAGGUGCGCAAAUGCAUGUCAACAUAUAAUGAAGCAGAUCUGCCACAUGGUGGCGUCUCAUCAACAAGGAAGCACAGAUGACUGACAGGUGAGUCCAGGUGAAGCUGGACCGAUGACUGACAGGUGAGUCCAGGUGAAGCUGGACCGAUGACUGACAGGUGAGUCCAGGUGAAGCUGCUCCACAGACACACCUGUGGGAACAGAUUCUGGGCUGUAUAUAAAAUGGAGCAGGUGUACUUCCAUCUGAGGGCUGAGGUUGGGACUAGCUCAAUCAAACCAAUAGGGAGCAUUAACCAGAAUCUGAAGAGCCAUAAUGAUUGAUGGAGGUAGGCGUGGCCUAUCAUUUGAUUGGCCAGGCAUUGUUCAGAACUUCACCUCAUGUGGCUCAUCGCUGCCUCGGUGAGGACGUCUGGAACCUGAAGAACAGCUGACACAUUUAUCACUGCAGAUUUCUUUAAACAUUUGAUUCUUUUUACAAAAUGGAUGAAAACCCCGACAGGGAGGAAGCAGCUGCACCGAGACAUCUGCUGCUCUAGAUCAAGUCUGCAGAUACUUCAGCUGUUCAGCAGAAUGCUGCUACUCUGUUUUACUGUGAAGCUCCAGAACUGAGGACUCACUGCUCCUUUAAGUUCUUAAAGGAAGAAAAGUUCUUCCGGCAGAAAAAUUGGAUGGAUAAAAUAUUGGUGGCAGGUCAGUUGGACCUUGGACGUUCAGUCUGCGGAGGCACAGCUGCCUUUUCACAAGGAGACGCCACAUUAUCAACAGUUCUCUGUUAUAAUGUGUAGUGAUUUAGAUCUUGACCCACCAAACAUCCUGGAAAGUGACAAAGUUACGUUUUCACUCUAAAUGACAUGAUCAUAGUCUUCAUCAGUAAACUGGACGCUGGGACGGAGGCUGUUUUCUGGGGGAAAGUUCACUGAAGUCUCGGUCUGGAGUGCUGAAGGUCACAGUAACAACAGUAGCUACACAAACACCUGAUUCCAGAUUCUUUGAUUCGCCCCUUUGAUGUCCCACCCCGACACCAGGACAACUGAGAGGGGGAUGCAGAGUUUGGCAGAAGAUGAUGGAAGCACCACCACAGAAGAAGAAGCAGCUCCAACAGACUGAGGCGGUCACACAGUUGUUUCUCAUAGAGGACUGAAGCACAUCAGAACCUGUGCGUCCAAUCAGACACGUGCGGCUCACAAGCAUGAGACAAUCAAUGAGAACAUUCCUCUGAAGCCCAGACAGGACUGACAGACGGACCAGAACCAGCUGCAAGAACCAGUAUCUGCCACACUGCAGGCCUCCCACUCACACUGCCAGACUGCAGUUCUGAGCAGCGAUGAAGUGAAAAAGGCCCAAAUGCCCAAACACAAAGCUAACGACUGCAUCCACAGUCUCCAUACAAACUGCAUAAUAUAAUAUAGAUAGAAUAUGAUAAUUGAUAAUAAAGGUGUGACCUGUGACCUGAACCUCUCCUGUGUGCUACUGAAUCCACCAGGAGGUGAGGCAUGAUGUCACGAGCUCCCUCAUUGUCCCACACAAACACGUCCUUUGUCCACACUGGGCUUAUAUGGAUCUCACGUGACCACAUUCUCAGGACUCGGGACCUCCUUCCUGGGUAACAUGAUGUGGACUCUGAUUGGUGGGUGGACUCUGAGUUCUGUCUCUGUCUCUCUCUGCAUGCUGGCAGUUUGGUGGAGCUGAGUUGAGCAGCAGUGGGCUGAUGGAGUGUCGGGACGGUGCUGUGUCCUGGCUGAGCUGGGCUCUGAUCGUGGGGGGCGUGGCCUACCUGCUGGAACAGACGCGGCACCACACACCUUACGGUCGCUACGUGAAGCCGAAGGGACCGUGCUGCCCGGCCGGACCGAGCUGGUUCCUGCAGGAGGUCCCGGCCUUCCUGCUGCCACUGCUGCUACUGCUGUUCACGGAGGAACCGCACACUGAGCCGGGGACGAGCCGGUACUGGACCGGGAGGAUGCUGCUGCUCUGCACCUUCAUGGUGCACUACUUCCACAGGAGUUUCAUCUACGCCUUCCUGACCAGAGGACGACCCGUCCCGCUGUCCAUCGUCCUCUACGCCGCCAUCUUCUGCUCGCUCAAUGGCUUCCUGCAGGGACACCACCUGCUGCACUGCGCCCGGUUUGAAGACACCUGGCUGACGAGCACUCGCAUGGCUGUAGGUCUGCUUCUGUUUGUGGUCGGAAUGACCAUCAACAUCCACAGUGACCACAUCCUGCGCAGCCUGAGGAGACCAGGAGAGAUCGCCUACAGGAUCCCCCACGGUGGGAUGUUUGAGUUUGUGUCGGGAGCGAACUUCUUUGGGGAGAUCGUGGAGUGGUGCGGUUACUUUGUGGCUGCUGGGUCUUUACCCGCCUUUGCCUUUGCCUUCUUCACCAUCUGCUCCAUUGGGCCCAGAGCCUGCCAGCACCACAGAGACUACCAGCGGAGGUUUGAGGGCUACCCUCGCUCCAGGACGGCUCUCAUCCCCUUCAUCCUGUGACGAAGGACGAGGGGCUGCAACAAACUCCCACUGAUGAUGCUGAGCUGAAUGUUGAGUGUGGUGGCAUCUGAUUGGCUACACACAUGAAGUCUCUCUGUUAAACUCUGUGCCUUUUUGUUAUUUUAGUGUUUGUAUUUGAUUUCAUCCUUCAUGAUUAUUAACAUAAUAAUAAAUCAGCACUUUUAACUGGAGCUAGAAGCUAACAGACCCACAGCUGUGUCCAGAACCACUGAGCCACACGAGCCACACCGAGCCCACAGCACCAGCCUCUGACAUGUAUGAUGUAUGAUAUAACUUUUCACAAUAAAAGGUACAAAUCAUAUACAAAAAACGUAAA